ACCAUUUCAACUGCCCUUCAGCUCAUUUAAUGAGAUGGGAAUAAUUGGGGAUAUUAAGGACACGAUGUCCAAGGCGGUGUUUAGUCCUUCUACUCUGCUAUCCGGCCGAGGCGGGCUGCACAUGGCCCAGAUCCUUCUGUCUGUGGUCACCUUUCUCCUGGCUGCCUUCAGAGGAGGGAGCAGUCAUACCUACUGGAUCUACGCCAUGUUCACCUGGGCCUUCUGCCCCAUCAUGACCCUCAUCAUCACCAUUAUUGAGAUGAUGAAGCUCGAUGUCAUACUCAAUUUGUUUUGCUUGGACUGGUCCGACUUCACCACCGGGAUGGCCAUGUCCUCUACGCUCAUGACCGUCUCUGUCGCCAUCACUUACGCCAACUUCUAUGCCUGCCUGAAAUGCCUGUACGGCUGGAUAGUGACUAUAUUUGCUUUCUUGUGUGCCUUUGUCUACACACUUGAGGUGUUGAAGGACAAAUUCAUGGACAAGAAGAAAGGGAGCUACCUGGCUGCUCUGCCUGGAUUCUGGAAGGUUAUGGAGGCCUUUGUGAGCUGCAUGAUUUUUAUAUCGCUGACUGGCUACAGAGACAAGCCAGCUCUGAUCUUGUGCGUUAUCGCGUAUGCCAUUCCUUUCCCCAUCCUCCCUUUAAUCAUAGCCACCAACAUCCUCAAGAAACUGAAGAAGUGUUUGCCCUUUAACCUGGACCGGUUUGUGUUUAUAUUCCUGGUGAUCUCUGUUGUGCUGUAUAUAUUUGCUGCCAUCGUGUGGCCCAUUUUUAUGUUCAGGAACAACCCUCGACCCAGUGAAUGUCCACCCAGCUUCUGUAUCUGGGCCAUACAGUUUAUGGUUGCAUUUAUGACAUAUGUCAAUCUCAUUCUUUUCACACUGGACCUCAUUUUCACCCUGCUUGGUAUCUGCGGCUUUAAACGCACAUAG